AUGGCUGUUAUUAAACUAGCAAUUCUCUUCACUGCAUAUCUCCUCUUUAACCUCGCUGACGCAAGAAUCCCCGGCGUCUACUCCGGUGGCGCGUGGCAAAACGCACACGCUACUUUCUACGGCGGCAGCGACGCCUCCGGCACUAUGGGAGGAGCUUGUGGUUACGGUAACCUUUAUAGCCAAGGCUACGGAACUAACACGGCUGCUUUGAGCACGGCUCUGUUUAACAACGGCAUGAGUUGUGGAGCCUGCUUUGAGCUAAAAUGUGCCAACGACCCACAGUGGUGCCAUUCAGGUAGCCCAUCUAUCCUCAUUACCGCAACCAACUUCUGCCCACCAAACUUUGCUCAGGCGAGCGAUAAUGGUGGAUGGUGCAACCCACCACGUGAACACUUCGACCUAGCCAUGCCUGUUUUCCUCAAGAUUGCUCAAUACCGUGCCGGCAUUGUCCCUGUCUCAUACCGCAGGGUGCCAUGCAGAAAGAGAGGAGGAAUAAGGUUCACAAUCAACGGUCACCGUUACUUCAACUUGGUUCUGAUCACCAACGUUGCCGGAGCAGGAGACAUCGUGAGGACGAGCGUGAAAGGUUCAAAGACUGGUUGGAUGAGUCUGAGCAGGAACUGGGGUCAGAACUGGCAAUCUAACGCUGUUUUGGUUGGUCAGUCACUUUCUUUCCGUGUCACCGGCAGUGACCGUAGAACCUCUACUUCAUGGAGCAUCGUUCCUUCUAACUGGCAGUUUGGUCAAACCUUUGUCGGGAAGAAUUUCAGGGUCUAA